CACACUGCACAGUUUCGGUUUCAUUUUUGUCAAAAACCCUUCCUGCUUGUGUGUGGCGGGAACCACAUUCUUGCUCCCACUUUCUCUCUCUCGUUUCGUCGUUCUCUUCCUUUGGUGUCAUCCUUUCAGAAUGUACAGGCUAGCCACCAGAAACGUCGUCGUUACCUUGCCUCGUUGGCGUUCUUUUGCUCACUUCUUUCGUUCUCCUCCGUCUCCCAUUUUCCUAUCAUUCGUUCCCUAUCGCUUAUUUCGAAUAAAUGGGCAUGUACAGAACAUAUCGUGUUUUACGGAUAAGAAGGUUGUAAGAGGCAGUAGUAGGGUCACCAAGAAGCUCAAAGUGCCCAAAAAUGUUUUAGAUGAUAAAGAUCUUCCUCACAUAUUAUGGUGGAAAGAGAAGUUGCAGAUGUGCAGAAAGCCUUCAGCUGUCCAGCUAGUUGAAAGGCUUGAAUAUUCUAAUUUGCUUGGCUUGGAUUCCAGCUUGAAAAAUGGAAGUCUGAAGGAAGGAACGCUCAACUGGGAAAUGUUGCAGUUCAAGUUAAAAUUUCCACGUCAAGUUUUGCUCUGCCGAGUUGGGGACUUCUAUGAAGCUUGUGGAAUAGAUGCUUGUAUUCUUGUUGAAUAUGCUGGUUUAAAUCCCUUUGGUGGUCUGCGAUCAGAUAGCAUUCCAAGAGCUGGUUGUCCUGUUGUGAAUCUUCGACAGACAUUGGAUGAUCUGACAAGAAAUGGUUAUUCAGUGUGCAUCGUUGAGGAAGUUCAGGGUCCAACUCAAGCUCGAUCCAGGAAACGCCGCUUUAUAUCUGGGCAUGCUCAUCCUGGAAAUCCAUAUGUAUAUGGACUUGCUGCAGUUGAUCAUGAUCUUAACUUUCCAGAACCAAUGCCUGUAGUAGGAAUAUCACAUUCUGCAAGGGGCUAUUGCAUUAACAUGGUACUAGAGACCAUGAAGACGUAUUCCUUAGAAGACUGCUUGACAGAAGAAGCAGUCGUUGCAAAGCUUCGUACAUGUCAAUAUCAUCACUUAUUUCUGCACACAUCUUUGAGGCGAAAUUCUUGUGGAACUUGCCAUUGGGGAGAAUUUGGUGAGGGGGGCCUCUUGUGGGGAGAAUGCAGUUCUAGACAUUUUGAAUGGUUUGAUGGCAACCCUGUCUCUGAUCUUUUGGUCAAGGUAAAGGAGCUUUAUGGUCUUGAUUGUGAGGUUACAUUUCGGAACACAACUGUGUCUUCAGGAAAUAGGGCUCGACCUUUAACUCUUGGAACAUCUACUCAAAUUGGUGCUAUACCAACUGAAGGAAUACCUUCUUUGUUGAAGGUCUUACUUCCUCCAACUUGCAAUGGAUUACCAGUACUGUAUAUAAGGGAUCUUCUUUUGAAUCCUCCUUCCUACGAGAUUGCAUCCAAAAUUCAAGCGUCAUGCAAACUUAUGAGUCGUGUAACAUGCUCAAUUCCAGAAUUUACGUGUGUUUCUUCAGCAAAGCUUGUAAAGCUACUUGAAUGGAGGGAGGUCAAUCAUAUGGAAUUUUGUAGAAUAAAGAAUGUACUCGAUGACGUUUUGCAGAUGUACGGAACUUCUGAGCUUAAUGAAAUAUUGAAACAUUUAAUUGAUCCCACAUGGGUGGCAACUGGGUUGGAAAUUGACUUUGAAACCUUGGUUGCGGGAUGUGAAGUUGCAUCUAGGAAGAUUGGGGAAAUAAUCUCUCUGGAUGGUGGGAAUGAUCAGAAAGUCAGCUCCUUCUCUGUUAUUCCUAAUGAAUUUUUUGAGGAUAUGGAGUCUAAAUGGAAAGGUCGAAUAAAAAGAAUCCACAUUGAUGAUGUAUAUACUGCAGUAGAAAAAGCAGCCGCGGCCUUGCAUUUAGCAGUCACUGAAGAUUUUGUUCCUAUUGUUUCUAGAAUAAGGGCUACUGUAGCCCCACUAGGAGGUCCUAAGGGGGAAAUAUCUUAUGCUCGGGAGCAUGAGGCAAUUUGGUUCAAAGGCAAACGCUUUACACCAACUCUGUGGGCUGGUAGCCCUGGAGAGGUGCAAAUUAAACAGCUUAAGCAUGCUUUAGAUUCUAAAGGUAGAAAGGUAGGCGAGGAAUGGUUUACCACACCAAAGGUGGAGGCUGCGUUAACAAGGUACCAUGAAGCAAAUGCCAAGGCCAAAGCAAGAGUUUUGGAAAUUUUAAGGGGACUCGCUGCUGAGUUGCAAUGCAAUAUAAACAUCCUUGUCUUUUCUUCCACGUUACUUGUUAUUGCCAAAGCUCUAUUUGCUCAUGCAAGUGAAGGGAGAAGAAGGAGAUGGGUCUUUCCCACACUUGUAGAAUCCCAUGGGUUUGAGGAUGUGAUGUUGGACAAAAUCCAUGGGAUGAAGAUAGUGGGUUUAUUACCAUAUUGGUUCCACGUAGCAGAAGGAGGUGUUGUGCGUAAUAUUGUAGAUAUGCAAUCAUUGUUUCUUUUGACAGGACCAAAUGGUGGUGGAAAAUCAAGUUUACUUCGAUCAAUUUGUGCUGCUGCUCUACUUGGGAUUUGUGGACUCAUGGUUCCUGCUGAAUCAGCCUCAAUUCCUUAUUUUGACUCUAUCACGCUUCAUAUGAAGUCAUAUGAUAGUCCUGCUGAUAAAAAGAGUUCCUUUCAGGUGGAAAUGUCAGAAAUUCGAUCCAUCAUUGCUGGAACCACAAAAAGGAGCCUUGUACUUGUUGAUGAAAUUUGCCGAGGAACAGAAACUGCAAAAGGAACUUGUAUUGCUGGUAGCAUCAUCGAAACUCUUGAUAGAAUUGGGUGUCUGGGUAUUGUUUCCACUCACUUGCAUGGAAUAUUUACUUUGCCUCUGAAUAUCAAGAACACUGUGCACAAAGCAAUGGGCACAGUGUGCAUUGAUGGACAAACAAAGCCUACAUGGAAGCUGACAGAUGGAGUCUGUAAAGAAAGUCUUGCUUUUGAAACUGCCAAGAGGGAAGGAAUUCCUGAGCCUAUUAUCAGAAGAGCUGAAGAUCUUUAUGUGUCAGUUUACGCUAAGGAACUUCUUUCUGCAGAAAAUUUCCCAAAUCAGGAAAAAAAUUCUACUUACAUCAAUGUUAAUUUGAACGGAACACAUCUUCAUUCAAAAACGGUUUUACCAGGAGCUAAUCAAAUGGAUGCUUUACGCAUGGAAGUUGAGAGUGCUGUCACUGUGAUAUGCCAGGAUCAUAUUAUGGAACAACAAAGUAAAAAGAUUGCAUCAGAGCUUACUGAAAUAAAGUGUAUCUUUAUUGGUACAAGGGAGCAGCCACCUCCCUCGGUUGUAGGUUCUUCAAGCGUCUAUGUGAUACUCAGACCAGAUAAGAAACUAUAUGUAGGAGAGACGGAUGAUCUUGAGGGCCGGGUUCGUGCACAUCGGUUGAUGGAAGGAAUGCAUGAUGCAUCAUUCCUUUAUUUCCUUGUCCCAGGAAAAAGCAUGGCAUGCCAAUUAGAAUCUCUGCUCAUCAACCAGCUUUCUACUCGAGGCUUCCAGCUGAGCAAUACAGCUGAUGGUAAGCAUAGGAAUUUUGGCACAUCCAACCUUUAUGCAUAAUUCAUUGAUAAACGUUGACCAUCUACGUAAAUGUUGUGCUUUUGCCAGUUUUAUGCGUCUUAAUAUAUUUAUGUUAAAAGUUUAGGAAGCAAUGUCCGCAGCAUUUUUGUCAGAAUUAGUUGCUGCAGCUGCAUUUCUGUCCACAUGCAAAUGUGGAAAUUGUUCAUUAGCUUGUAAGUAAGUAAAAAAAGUCUAUUAUAUUCUUUAAAGAAUGUCUUUUAUGGACUCCCCUCCCCAUCUAACUUAAAAUGAUAUUUCCUUAACACAGCUUGCUAGCACCGAGAAUUCAUGGUAAGAAUGGUGUCAGCUUGUGGUUUCUUU